AUGCGAGCCUUCGUUUUGAAGGGGGACGAGAUUUGCCCCAGCAGAAAGCUCCAGUCCUGCAGUGCACAACACCAGCUUGCUUGGAGAGCUGUCGAGCGUGAAGCUGGUGUGCAAACAAAUGGGAACAAAAGAAAACAGGUUUUGAAAAUUGGACAUGGUGGAACUUUGGACAGUGCAGCGGCAGGAGUUCUGGUGGUUGGUAUUGGAAAAGGAACAAAAAUGCUGAGAACUAUGUUGGCAGGUUCCAAGAAGUACACUGCCAUUGGACUACUGGGCAAAGCUACCGAUACAUUAGAUGCUACAGGAAAAGUAACUGAAGAAAAACCUUAUGACCAGAUAACAAAAGGAGAUCUUGAAAAUGUGCUGCAGAAGUUCACAGGGGACAUAAUGCAAGUUCCUCCACUCUAUUCUGCUUUGAAGAAGGAUGGAGAAAGGCUAUCAACUCUGAUGAAAAGAGGAGAAGCAGUCGAAGCAAAGCCUGCUCGGCCAGUAAGAGUGUACAGCCUCUCUCUCCAACAGUUCCAGCCACCACUGUUCACACUGGAUGUUGAAUGUGGUGGUGGCUUUUAUGUGAGGAGCCUGGUCAGUGACAUUGGCAAAGAACUCUGUACCUGUGCCACUAUGCAAGAGCUGACCCGAACCAAACAGGGGCCAUUUACGCUAGAGGAGCAUGUCCUUUAUGAAGACAAAUGGACAAUUGAUGAAAUUGCACGAUCCUUAGAGCAUUGCACAUCUCUUCUCCCAGGAGAGCUGUCUCAUAAAAAAUUGAAGACCGAGCAUCCUGGUGAAACUGCUGUGAGCUGUGAAGAUACUGAUAAGUUGGGUCAAGGAAAAAGACUGAAUGAUUGAGACAUUUUAAGAUUGAAUUGGGGUUGUCUUGCCUCUUGUGUAAGUUUACAAGUCUGUACUAGGAGGGGGGCAAACUGCAAGUGCAAGAAAAAAUGGCUCUUUUGUUUUCUGGGGUUGGAACAUGCACUGAAAAUAUCCAGCGCUUGCUGUUUCCUCAUCUGUUUGUUUUCCUUUUUGCGUACUGUAAAUGGAUCUGCCACUGAUGUCAAAUCUUCAUAAACUUUUAAAGGACUUGUAGGGUGCAAUAUAGCUGCUGUUGCUAAUUCCUCAAUAAAAAAAUUAUAAACGAAGGUUUGAUAAAUGUGUUCCAAAAAAAACCCAAAAACCUUUUUUCUUUAUAGCUGGUAAUCAAACUGUGAAAUAUCAUGGUGACAAGACUGUCAUGGCUUGAACGAUACAAGAAUGUGGUGUGGCAAUUUGCUUUCUUGAAAUCCAUUUCAGGAUAUGUCCAUUUUACUGUAGUUUUUCCUAUGCAGAUUCUUCUUUCAGUCAAAUGUUAUCCAGAAUGCAUUAAAUGUAGAUGCUAAUAUUUUACAUUGUCUGAAAUAUCAGUGUAAGUGAAUAGUUUUAAGUAUAAACAGUUUGAUAACAAGUGCUCUGAAGAGUACAGUCAUCAUUAUAGGUGUACACACCUUAUUCUGGUACAAUGUCCCAAUUCGUGACCAUCCAUAAUUUAAAGUAUAGUUAAUUGUUAUGCCCUUCAUAGGGCCUGUGGAAUUUACUUUUGCCAUCUGUGUGUUGCUUGAGCUGUCUCCCGUGGAUUGGGUAGAAGGUUGAUGUGCUUCCGGGCUUUGACUGAUUUGGUCCUGACUAGUUGUAUGGGCAACAGAGGGCUCCACCAUCAGGGAUCCUUGCUGAAGCCAUUUUAAUUCACUAGGGCAGUGAGGGCCUGUUUCACAGUUCACGUAGUCAACAGAAUUUGAUUGCACCGAUUAUUUGUCACCACUGCUUCCCUUGGGAUUUUCAAAAUGACUAAAAGACAGUGGUUUGAGAAUGCUAAAAAAGUACCCUAGCUUGUUUCCAUGUGUGUAAUGAACUAUCCUAAAAGACCUUCUCAACGUAACCCCAUACAAGUUAGUAGUGGGUCUGUUUUCCUCUUGCCAUAAUGAGGAAUAUGAGUAGUUUAAACAUGCGAGUGGUAUCUGAGAGAAAGCCCUGCUUUUGAAAUUGUCCCAGAAAUGUCACCGGGGGAAUGGACUGACUGCCGUUACAGUUUUGUGCUGCUGCUGGCCAAGUGGCCUGCUGUGGC